UUCAUGGCAUUUCUAAGACUUGGCUCCAAAUCUGAGGCCUUCCGUCGUGAAGGCCAAGCUUGGCAUUGCACAUCAGGCCUUCCCAGUGAUGUUACAAUUGAAAUUGGAGAAAUGUCCUUUUAUCUACACAAGUUCCCAUUGAUAUCAAGAAGUGGACUACUAGCAAAGCUAGUUAAAGAUUCAUCAAACGACGACGUAUCAGUUAGCGUCCUGCAGCUCAAUGACAUACCUGGUGGUGCUAAAGCAUUUGAGCUAGUAGCCAAAUUCUGUUAUGGUGUCAAAAUAGAAAUCACUCCUUUGAAUAUAGUGAGCCUUAGAUGUGCAUCAGAGUAUCUGCAAAUGACAGAUGAAUAUGGUGAGACAAAUCUCAUUGCACAAACAGAAUCUUUUCUUAACGACGUUUUUGGGAAUUGGACAGAUACUAUAAAAGCUCUUGAAACAUGUGAAGAAGUCCUACCACAUGCUGAAGAGCUUCAUAUUGUGUCAAGAUGCAUAAAUUCCUUAGCAAUGAAAGCUUGUACCGAUACGAAGUUGUUUAACUGGCCUGUGUCUGAAAAUGGUCAUGAGGAUACCACAGACGCGGAGGUGUGGAAUGGUAUAUGCACGGGAUCCAAGACACAGCCGAUGACAGAUGAUUGGUGGUAUGAAGACGUGUCGUUCCUUAGCUUACCUCUGUAUAAACGGUUGAUUCAGGCGGUUGAAGCUGGAGGAAUGAGGCCGGAAAAUGUAGCUGGUGCAGUUGUGUUUUAUGCAAAGAAAUAUAUUCCUUUGAUGAAUAGACAAGCAAGUUUCAAGGAUGCUACUAGCCAUACUAAUAAAUCAGGAUCAACAAUUUCAACUCCAUCAGAAGCAGACCAAAGGGCACUUUUAGAGGAGAUAAUGGAGUUGUUGCCAAAUCAGAAAGGAGUAACAGACACUAGGUUUCUUCUUAGGCUGCUCCGUAGCGCUAUGAUGCUACAAGCAAGUCCAUCUUGCAGGGAGAAUUUGGAGAGAAGAGUGGGAUUGCAGUUAGAUCAAGCUGCACUAGAUGACUUGUUGAUACCAAAUAUGGGAUAUUCAGUGGAAACUUUAUAUGACAUAGACUGUUUUCAGAGAAUUUUGGAUCAUUUUAUGUCAAUAGACCAGGCUUCUUCUGCACCAUCUCCAUGUAUUAUGGAAGAAAACCAAUUGAUGGAAGGUUCAACUUCCUUGACUUCGCUAACAAGGGUAGUAAAUCUAGUGGAUUCAUAUCUUUCUGAGGUCGCACCUGAUGUUAAUUACAAGUUCCCUAAAUUUCAGUCUCUUGCUGCUACAAUCCCGGAUUUUGCAAGGCCACUUACUGAUGGUAUCUAUCGUGCAAUUGAUAUAUAUUUGAAGGCACAUCCUUGGCUCACAGACUCAGAAAGAGAGCAAAUCUGCAGACUAAUGAAUUGCCAGAAGCUCUCGUUGGAAGCUUGCACACACGCUGCUCAAAACGAGAGGCUACCUCUUAGGGUCAUAGUUCAAGUCUUGUUCUUUGAACAACUUCGACUACGAACAUCAAUAUCAGGAUUGUUCUUUGUCUCAGAUAAUCUUGACAACUCCCAAAGUACUACUCUUCAUGGAGGAAACCAGAACACAAACACAGUAAAUGGAAGAGGAUCGAGUAUCGAUGACAUGAGGGAGCGUGUUGCAGAACUAGAAAAAGAGUGUAACAGCAUGAAACAGGAGUUUAAAAAGGUGGUAAAAACAAAGAAAAAGUGGAAUGUGUUUUGUGGAAGAAAAUCUGAGUGUGACUUGAAUUCAGUAAAUCCCAGCAAGUUACAACCUCAACAUGUUAAUGAGCGUAAAAAUCAAAAGAAGGGAAGCUCAAGAUGAAGG